GUUCAAGGAAAGAGGUGAACUCGGUCGGUCACUUCAUCAAACUGAUUUAAUAUAAUAAUUUUAUUUUGUCAAAAAAAGAUUAAAUUUGUAAGUUUCUCGUUGAUUUAUUGAAUUUAGUAGUGAAUUAGUUUUAUGAAUAGGUAUUAAAGUGUCACUAUCAAGAUAAAAUAUCUCCACUUUGUCUUUCGGGUCAAAGAUAAUGAUAAAUAAAGACUGAAGUUCUACAUUAUACGAAAAUGUUUUUCUCCUUGCUGUUUAUUUCUUUGACUGUUGGAGUUUAUUCUGAUCAUUAUGAUAGAACAAACAUGUUACCAGACCGGACAACAAUAGUGCACCUUUUUGAGUGGAAAUGGAAAGAUAUAGCUGACGAAUGCGAAAGGUUUCUUGCACCUAAAGGAUAUGGUGGUGUACAAAUAUCACCUCCGUCAGAAAAUUUGAUCAUCCACAAAGAUGGCGGAAGACCAUGGUAUGAGCGUUACCAAGUCAUGUCUUAUAAACUGAUUACAAGAUCGGGAAACGCUGAAGAUUUUUUGAAUAUGACAAAAAGGUGCAACCAAGUGGGGGUUAGGAUCUAUGCGGAUGUGGUCAUCAACCAUAUGACUGGUGAUAAUCCAGAGAACAUAGGCACAGGAGGAAGCACUGCUGACUUCAAGAAUUACAGUUACCCAGCUGUGCCAUACACUAUCGAACACUUCCACUAUCCAUUCUGUUCUAUCCACGACUACAACAACGCUGCUGAGGUGAGAUCAUGCAACUUGGUCGGCCUGAAAGACUUAAACCACGGUUUGAGUUACGUGCAAACAAAAAUUGCCAAUUACCUAAACGAACUCAUAUCACUAGGAGUAGCCGGGUUUAGAGUGGACGCAGCGAAACAUAUGUGGCCGAAUGAUUUGAAAGAGAUUUACAGUAAACUCAACGAUUUAAACACCGACUUUGGUUUUAAGCCCAAAACGAGACCAUACAUUUAUCAAGAAGUCAUUUAUUACGGUCAGGAGGCAGUCACACCUAGUGAAUAUACACAUCUGGGAGACGUAACUGAAUUUAAGGUCGGAGCCGAGCUCAAGAAUGUGUUCCGAGGACGAAAUGCUCUCAAAUGGCUCGUAUCUUGGGGUGAACAAUGGUCCUUGUCUCCAAGUGAUACAGCACUCGCUUUUAUAGACAACCAUGACACUCAGAGGGACCACGAUGUAUUAACUUACAAAGAAUCGAGGCCGUACAAAGCGGCCAUAGCUUUUAUACUCGCUCACCCAUACGGUGUGACCCGCAUAAUGAGCAGUUAUUUCUUUGACAAUAAGGUACAAGGUCCACCAAUGGAUAGCAAAGAGAACCUUCUCUCUCCGACCAUCAAUGAGGAUGAUACAUGCGGUAAUGGCUGGGUCUGUGAACACCGCUGGCGGCAGAUCUACCAAAUGGUUGCAUUUAGGAACGUAGUGAAAGGCACCAGCAUUAAGAAUUGGUGGGACAAUGGCAACAAACAAAUCGCUUUCAGCAGAAAUGGAAAAGGUUUUAUAGUUUUCAACGCCGAGGGCCGAGAUUUGGUGCAAAAGUUACAGACUGGUCUUCCUCACGGUGACUACUGUGAUGUGAUAUCAGGAAAGAGAAAUGGCGACACAUGUACCGGAAUGAAAGUAUCUGUUGACGAGAAGGGAUAUGCUGACAUCCAUCUACCAGGCAACGUGGAGGAUAUGCAUUUAGCGAUACAUGUGGGAAAAGAGUCUUCUUUGCAGUUUCAUCGUGAAUAGAAAUAAGUGACCAAUUUAACUUUUUAAAGCUAGAUAUACAAUUCAACUUC